AAAAAAGGCCAAAACAAAGAAUGAGGUAACGCCUUAAACUCCUCUCACUCUGUCUGCUACUCUCUCUCUCUCUCUCUCUCUCUCUCUCAUGAAGCAGAAGCAGACACCCCAGAGAGGUUUUAAUGUCCCUUCCACCCUCUCUCUCAUUUUAUCUCCUCUUUCUUGUGAAACUCAUACCAUCUUCUCUCAUCCCAAACACACACAUAUAUAAGCUCACUUUGUUUCUAAUUCUUGUAAAGACUGCUCUUUUAAGCUUGACUCUGAUCUAUACCCAACAACUCCCCUUUCUCUGUCACAUUAUUCAACAAAAAUGAGUAAAGAAGAGUUCUUGAAGAUCCAGACUUGUGUCCUCAAAGUUAACAUACACUGUGAUGGAUGUAAGCAUAAAGUCAAGAAAAUCUUGCAGAAAAUUGAAGGUGUUUACAAAAUCUCGAUAGACUCGGAACAGGGGAAGGUUACUGUAUCUGGUAGUGUAGAUGCAGGAACACUGAUUAAGAAACUUACAAAGCAUGGAAAACAUGCUGAGCUGUGGGGUGCUCCAAAAGCCAAUAAUAAUAAUAACCAGCUGAAUAAUCAGAUGAAAGGUUUGCAAAUUGACCUUGGGAAAGGAGGAAAUAACAAGGGGCAACAGCCGCAGAAAGGUGGGAACAACCAGCAGGCUCAGAAGGGUGGGAACAACCAGCAGGCUCAGAAGGGUGGGAACAACCAGCAGGCUCAGAAGGGUGGGAAUAACCAGCAGGCUCAGAAGGGUGGGAAUAACCAGCAGGCUCAGAAAGGUGGACAACAGAUGCCUACACAAAUGCCUACUCAGCAACAACUGCAGCAGCUGCAGCAGAUGAAAGGGUUUCAAGAUAUGAAGCUGCCCCCUCAGUUUAAGGACAUGAAGAUGCCUGCUUCUUUUGGGAAGGAUCCGAACCAGAAGGCGAUGAAGUUUAAUUUGCCGGAGGAUGAUGAUUUUAGUGAUGAUUACGACGAUGAGGAUGAUUAUGAUGAUGAGGAUGAUUAUGAUGAUGAUGAUCUAGAUGAUCUAGAUGAUGAUUUGGAUGAUGCUCCUCCACUUAAUAAGAUGAAACCUAUGAUGAAUCAAGGUGGGGGUGGGCAGAUGCCUCCGAAUAUGAUGAUGAGCGGGAUGAAGCCUGGCCAGCUUCCGCCACACCUCAUGAAAGGUCCUCCUCCUGGUGGUAAUAACGGUGGAAAUGGUGGCGGAAAUGGCAAGAAAGGUGGUGGGGGAAAUAUUCCUGUUCAGAUGAAUGCUAAUGGUGGAAAGAAAGGUGGUGCUGGGGGCGGAAAUAAUGGAGGCAAUCAGAACGGAGGGGGUGGGCCACCCAAGAAUGGCAGCGGCAAGCCUAAUGGUGGUGGUGGAGGUGGGGGAGCAGGUGGUGGUCAAUUCAAGAAUGGCGGAGGAGGUGGUGGACCUCCUGGUGGUAACAAUAUGAAUGGCAAUGGAGAAAAAAAGGUUAUGAUGAAUCAGGGUGGUCAUGUUAUGCCUAACAUGAUGGGCAUGAGUGGUAGUGGUGGUAGUAGUUUAGGCCACAUUGGUGGUAUGCCUAUGGGUCAGAUGGGUCAAAUGGGUAACAUGCCUAUGGGCCAGAUGAGUAAUAUGCAAGCAGCAGCUGUUCAAGGCCUUCCUGCUGCGGCGAUGAAUGGUGGUGCUCCUGGCGGAUACUUCCCAGGUGCUGGUGGCCCUCAAGCAAUGGGCGGAAACCCCUACUACCAGCCACAAAUGGCAGCAAUGAUGUAUGCAAGGCCACCUCCGGCCGUGAACUACAUGCCCCCCCAUCCUUACUAUCCAUACCAUCCUCCCCCUUCUGAUCCCUACACCAACUACUUCAAUGAUGAAAACACUUCGAGCUGCAAUGUUAUGUGAGUUCAUCGCGACAAGUUCAUCCCCUGGGCCUAAAGGUUUCUAAUUUUGGACGGUCGACUAGUUGGUGCUUUGUUGAUUGCUAAGUUAUAAGUUUCAAUCCUGCUUGUCUUCAUAUAUACAUGAAAACUGGUUUUCAUUAUCCCUUUUCUGGCUCUGGCUCUAGUUUGCCUUUCUAUAUAUAAAACCCUGAUCCUUGUUAAGACAUUGUUACUCUGGAUGAAUAAUGAUAGUAGGGUACCUUAAAUA